AUGGCAUAUCAGCAACCACUCUGCAAAUGGCGUUUGUAUUUCGGACCUCAGCGGGUAAUGGUUAUUUUGUUGCUUUGCUUCUUCAGCAUGGUAGCUUGUCAGAUCCGCUACUCGAUACCAGAAGAGAUGAAGAAUGGCUCUCUUAUCGGUAAUGUAGCACAGGAUCUGGGUUUGGAUCUAAAGAGGCUCCGUUCUGGUCGGGCCCGUAUCGUGACCGGAGAAAACAACCAGUACACCGAGCUGAAGACAGACAAAGGGAUUUUAGUCGUGAAUGAGAGAAUAGACCGAGAACAGCUUUGUGGAGACGUAACACCGUGCAGCUUCAGCUUUGAAAUAAUUUUAGAAAAUCCUAUGGAGCUACACCCUGUGAAAAUACUGAUCCAGGACCAGAACGACAACCCUCCUCAGGUUCUGUACCCAGUCCAGACUGGUGGCUCUCUGGUGGCUGAAAUAGUGCCUCGUUCAGCAGAUGUGGGCUAUCUGGUGACCAAAGUGGUGGCUGUUGAUGUGGACUCUGGACAGAAUGCCUGGCUCUCCUAUAAACUGCAGAAAGCCACAGACAGGGCGUUGUUUGAAGUGGGCUUACAGAAUGGAGAAAUAAGAACUAUCCGCCAAGUCACUGAUAAAGAUGCAGUGAAACAAAGACUGACUGUUAUAGUGGAGGACAACGGGCAGCCCUCUCGUUCAGCUACAGUCAUUGUUAACGUGGCGGUGGCGGACAGCUUCCCUGAAGUGCUGUCGGAGUUCACUGACUUUACACACGACAAGGAGUACAAUGACAACCUGACUUUUUACUUAGUGUUGGCUCUGGCUGUAGUUUCCUUCCUCUUCAUCACAUGUUUAGUGGUUAUUAUAUCAGUGAAAAUCUACAGAUGGAGACAGUCUCGCAUCCUGUAUCACUCCAAUCUCCCUGUGAUUCCAUAUUAUCCACCACGUUACUCAGACACUUUGGGCACCGGGACUCUCCAGCACGUGUACAAUUACGAGGUGUGCAGGACAACUGACUCCAGAAAGAGUGACUGUAAGUUCGGCAGAGCUGGUAGUCAGAACGUGCUGAUAAUGGACACCAGCUCUACAGGGACGAUGCAGCGGAUACAGAAUGAAAAGAGCAUCCUGGAUGAACCAGACUCUCCUAUAGAGACUAACAACUUUAUUGAGUAG